AUAUUUUAUUGAAUUAUGCUACGAAGUUUUAAGUAUUAUAGUGGCUUUACCCUAGCUCGAAAAAAACAUACCGGGAAAGUGAUAGCCAUACGAAGAGAAGAUCAAUCAGUAUGGGAAAGAAGAGCCCCGUUCGCACCAGCCAACGUGGCCGAAUUAACCAGAAACGGAGUCAAAGUAAUCGUCCAACCGGCAAAUAGAAGAGCUUAUCCCGUUCAAGCAUAUGUAAACGCCGGAGCAGUGAUACAAGAAGAUAUAUCCGAGGCGUCUGUGGUGUUUGGCGUAAAACAAGUCCCUAUCGAUUUGUUGCUGCCGAACAAAACGUACUGCAUGUUCUCACACACAAUCAAAGCACAAGAGGCUAACAUGCCCCUGCUGGACGCAAUUUUAGAAAAAAACAUACGACUAAUAGAUUACGAAAAGCUCAUGGAUUCUUCUGGGAACAGAGUAGUGGCUUUUGGGAAAUAUGCUGGGAUUGCUGGUAUCAUAAAUAUCUUACACGGUCUGGGAUUACGGUUGCUAGCUCUUGGACACCACACACCACUAAUGCACAUCGGGCCCGCCCACAAUUACCGAAAUUCGAUGAUGGCCAGACAAGCGCUAAGAGACGCCGGGUACGAGAUUGCGUUGGGAAUGAUGCCUAAAUCAAUAGGUCCAAUUACAUUUGUCUUUACUGGAUCGGGAAACGUAUCGCAAGGAGCACAAGAAAUAUUCCAAGAGCUACCACACGAAUAUGUGCCACCGUCUAUGCUCCAAAAAGUUGCAGAACAUGGAGGCAGUACAAAGUUUUACGCGUGUGUAGUAACACGUAAAGAUUAUUUGGAAAGAAUUGAUGGCGGAGGAUAUGACCAAGAAGAAUAUGAACAACAUCCGUCCAAAUACAGAUCAACGUUCAACAAAAAAAUCGCUCCGUACGCUUCGGUCAUCAUCAACUGCAUAUACUGGGCUCCGGAUUGUUCCAAACUGUUGACAGUACCAGACGCAAAAUCACUGCUCACUCCUUCUCAACUCCCGUGGAUACCAAUAUCCGAAGGCGCACCAGGACUUCCGCACAGGUUACUGGGCAUCUGUGAUAUAUCUGCAGAUCCGGGUGGUUCUAUAGAGUUCAUGAACGAGUGCACGACCAUUGACAAUCCGUUUUGUCUUUACGACGCACAUUUACAUAAAGACACUAAGAGUUUUAGAGGCUCUGGAGUUUUGGUGUGUUCGAUAGAUAAUAUGCCGACGCAACUGCCAAUGGAAUCCACCGACUUAUUUGGAAACUUGGUACUUCCAUAUGCCAUGAAUAUACUUCAAUCGGACGCCACUAAACCACUGGAAGAGGAAACUUUUUCUCCAACAGUUCUAGGAGCUAUCAUCGCCAGCAAUGGAUCGCUGACCGAACGGUUUGAAUACAUCAAAGAGUUACGGCUAGCCAAUAAAUUCGCUUCCUCUAAGUCCUCCAAUGUUGAUCACACUGGCAAAAGAGUAUUGGUACUCGGUUCCGGCCAUGUGUGUGGACCAUUAAUCGAAUAUCUUUUAAAAGACGAAUCGUUAAUAAUCAUACUCGGUUCUGUGGACAUGAGUGGAGCCAAUAGCUUGGCAAACAAGUUCAAUAGAGUUCAGCCAACUCAAAUAAAUAUUUUGGAGGACUUGAGUUACUUGAAAGAACUCGUUGGACAGUCGGAUUUGGUUGUGUCGCUUCUACCUAGUCAAUUCCACCACUUAGUGGCUGAACAAUGUAUAGAAUUUAAAAAAAAUAUGGUGACGGCUUCAUACUGUUCAAAUAAAAUGUCACAGCUGCAUGAUAAAGCCGUCGAAGCCGGUAUAACCAUUGUCAAUGAAGUUGGAUUGGAUCCGGGCAUCGAUCAUCUGUUGGCCAUGGAAUGUAUUGAUCAGAUACACGAAGAGGGUGGUAAGAUCGAUUCGUUCGUAUCAUAUUGCGGGGGCUUACCGGCUCCCGAAUAUUCCAACAAUCCGCUGAGAUAUAAGUUCUCGUGGUUUCCUCGCGGAGCGCUUGUAAAUACCGUAGCUGAAGCCAAAUACCUAAAAAAUCACGAAAUCAUCGAUAUCCCUGCUGGUGGCGCUCUAAUGAACAGUACGACAGAAUUAGAUUUCUUACCUGGAUUUUCGUUUGAGGGAUUUCCAAAUCGAGACAGCACCCGAUAUGCCAAACUAUACGGCAUAGCAGCAGAAGUACAGACCAUGCUCAGGGGUACGAUACGAUAUAAAGGUUUUUCUGAGAUGAUGAAGAUACUACAAAAACUGCGUCUUAUCGAUUCUAAGGACCACGCUGUCCUCCAUCCAAAUGGGCCUGAUAUCACAUGGUGUCAGUUGAUUUGCACGCUAUUAGAGAUCAAUGACAUUGACAUGUUCUACGAAAAUUUGUUGUCGAAAGUAGCCGAUAAAAUCGGACCAUCGGUUCUAGACAAAGUCAUGGAUCUAGGACUGCUAACAGAGGAACCAGUCUUAAAACUCGGCUCACCAUUAGACACGUUUUCACAAUUCAUCGCUUCAAAAUUGUCUUUAAAUAAAGACGAAAGAGACCUGGUGGUAUUGUACCACGACAUAGGAGUUUUGUGGCCAGGCAAUCGAUACGAAAAAAAAUUGGUAACGCUUGUGUCUUACGGCGAGACCAAUGGAUACACAGCAAUGGCGAAAACGGUUGGGAUACCAACGGCAAUAGCAGCUACUAUGGUCCUCCAAGGAGAAAUACAAGCCAAGGGCAUGGUGUUACCAUUCACCCCAGAUAUUUACAGACCCAUGUUAACAAGAUUAAGGCUCGAGGGGAUAUCUGCGCAAACCACGAAUGUUCGGUCAUGAUUUCAUGAUUUAAUUAUAUUUUUCGUCUCAAAUAAAAUGUUUCAUUGUAUU